CAAAUAACGCAAAAGGGACUGAGCUCCUCUAAGUAUAAAUAAGGGACCUGAAUCUCGUGUUAGCAUUACUGUUAUUAGAAUCUCGUGUUAGCUUCGAUUGAAUUUUUCUUGAUUUUACUACUUUCCGAGAAAAUGGGAGCUUUGGCAGUACAGAUUCCCCCUUGCGUUUCCGAAAUUACAGAUCCAAUCUUGAUGUUGGAUCCGUCUGAGCUCUACAGGCCUGAAAUCAACAAGGGAAUGGAUGAAUUUAGAGAGUAUUCUGAUACUAAAAACGAUCCCAUUCAGUUGAGAGUUAGAGAAACCUAUAGGAAAAUGCACACACAUCAGACAUUAGACUUCGUGAAAGAAAAGAUUGCUUACUGGACAAAAUUCAACAAAGCUCGUUUGACUGUAAUGGAAGCUCUAGAAAAGUUAAACUGCUUGGUGGACGAGAGCGACCCCGAUGUUGACAUUCCAAACAAUGUCCAUGCAUUUCAAACUGCUGAACGUAUUAGACAGGCUCAUCCAACAUUGGAUUGGUUCCACCUGACAGGCUUAGUGCAUGAUUUGGGAAAGUUGAUGGCUCUGUACGGAGAACCUCAAUGGUGUGUCGUUGGUGACACUUUCCCUGUUGGGUGCGCUUUUGCACCAUCUAUUGUUUACCGGAACACCAGCUUCUCUGAGAAUCCAGAUCUUUACAAUCCCAAUUACAACACACGACUUGGCAUUUAUUCUGAGAACUGUGGAUUGGAGAACGUGAUUAUGUCUUGGGGACAUGAUGAGUACAUGUAUCAGGCGCUGAAGCACAACAAAUGCACCAUUCCAGAGGAAGGUCUUUACAUGAUCCGGUUCCAUUCCUUUUAUCCAUGGCACUUGAAUGGAGACUACGAUUUCCUUUGCAAUGAAAAAGACAGACAAAUGCACAAAUGGGUGACGGAAUUCAAUAAAUUCGAUUUGUACUCCAAGAGCCAUGAUAUUCCUGACAUUAAAGAAUUGAUGCCAUAUUACCAAUCUCUAAUUGACAAGUACAUGCCUGGAGUCCUGGAAUGGUAGAUUUAACACAAUACAUCAUGCUAACCUUUCAUCAUAACUAUAUUAAAUCAUUGUCAUAAUCGUUUUUAAAUAUGAUAUUGUUAAUGAAAAAAAUUGUUCAUGCUAUGAAAGUUUGAUCUAUUAACAAUGUCUUUUUUUUACGCAUCAUACUGAUGCUUUUGUGUUGUUUUAAUAUUUUAGCAUUUGUAUUUUGUAACCUCUGUGUCUGUGUUUGAUUUGAAAUCACUUAUGUGAUUGUGAGUAUGAAAGAAUUUACAAUAAAGUAUUUUGUAUAUUUUUAAAAA